CGGAAGUGUUUGUGUUGUUGUUGGCCACUUACAAAUGUAUCCUAUCGAGAGCGACACGUGUUGAAGGGGACACCGACGAUUUGGGAUUGUUGUGCCUUUUUCAAACAAAGUGAUUUUGCUCUGACGUGUGGAGUUUAUCGUGUGAGUCGUAUCGUGAUGAUUUGACAGUUGACAGUGAGAGAAGGCUAGUUGUACGGCUAAAAGCGCGCUUCGGAGCUAGCUAACAUUAGCUGAUGCAGGAGAACAACAUGUCCAGACUUGAUCCCAGGCGCACAGAGACCGUGGGGGGACCCCAGGCCACAACGUUAUUGAUGUUAUAAAUUCCUAAUGGAUUACGAAUUCCCACAACAGCUUUUUCCUUCGUUUUACAAUUGCGGACCACCGGACUCUGUUCUAAAGCACACUGCUGGAAAAUGGGGCACCUACAACCGAGUCAAACCUGUGGGCGGUUCGGGUCCUGUCUCCAGCUGGACGUUUGCAUCCAGUCAUCACACCAGAGGGGAGACGUGGCGUCACACGGAACCGGUGCCGAUUCCACUCCUGUCUCCUAAAAACCAUUUUGUUGGGUAUUCGACUCCUCCAGAUCCACUGGAUUUUACACAACAUAUGCAGAACUUCUUUGAGGAUCACUGUCAUGAUGCUUUUGGGUGCAUGGGUGAAAUCCUGGGUGAAAACUUCAACUUCAAAUCAGGGAGAACACUGAAGUAUCAGAAGGAUUCUAUCCACAUGUGGAAGGUGAAAAACUUCCUUGAUAUGAUGAAGUUCAAAGUUUGUACGAGGACCUACUCCUCCAGGCCGCUGGAAGUCUACAACAGCCUUCUGUCAGACGUGGUUCCUUCUGUCCCCCCUGAGCUGCUGAGCUCCCUGCUGCAUGAGGAGCUGACGGAGCAGCGAGACCGCCUGCUGCUCUCAGAAGCAUCCACAGGUGGCGCUCUAGCCUUUAACUCCUUUUCACAGACUGGCAGCAGCUUAGAGCACGGGUGCCUUAUCUACCCAGGAAACCAGGGACUUGACCGUCUCAACUUCCACAAAGUGGUGCUGCAGCACCAGGGAGGAGAUUCUGCCUUUUUGGAUGCCACUAGCAGCCCCCCAUUAAGCCACCAGCUGAAAGGGCCCAUCAGACAGAUAAGCUCUAGCUCCCUCUUCAAUGAAUGUUUUACUGCAGUGCGGUCAGAUCGCCUGUGUGGAGUUUGGAGCUUCAGUGAAACAAAAGAGCCUCGUCUGCUGCAGGUCGUCAACACUAAGGAUGUUGUGACAUGCGUCAACAUCAGUCCUCAUGUUAUAGGUGAAGUUCUGGUGACAAGUGAGAGCGGAGCAGCAAACCUGUGGACCAUCGGCAAGGGGAUGCAGAAGGUUCGUGAGGAGAGCAGCAACCUCUACUUUAAUGCAGAGUCACCAUGGCGAUGGUGCGAGUUCUCUGCCCACCCAAGGGUGAUGGCAUAUGCAGACAGAACAGGGGCGGAGCUGACAGACAUCAGGGUGAGUCCGGUCAGUGGCCACACGCUGUUUCGUAUCAGCAACACCUCAGAAUGUCGGAGUGGAGAGAGGCUUAUAUUGGCCAAAUAUCUGGGAGACGUCCACCCCUUCCACCACCUCAUCACCACUCAGUACUCGGCCUACAUCAUAGAUGAGCGUUUCCCCUGCAUGCCCAUGCUUAAGUGGGAUCACUUGAUGCGGUCCCCGCCCAUGUUUUGUCACAUCCUUCCUGCCUCAUCACAGUCUAGCACUGCGAAGGUGCUGCUGGGCUCCCACAGCUCUCAAGAAAUUACUCUGUUGCAGUAUUCAGGAGGUCGCCAUGAGCCCUGUUUCAGUCAAGGUCCUCCUCAGGCUCUGCUUACACCCAGAAACAGUCUAAAGCACCUUCCAGUUCAGAUUCCUCACCGCCUGGACACGGCAUCCAGCAGGCUGUCGUUGCCAGCUGCAGGAUUGACGUGUAUUCAGAAGAAAAGCGGCGGCAAAGAGUGUUUGUGUGUCCUGCAGCUGACUGAGGCAGGAGACAUAUUCUACCAGAUCCUCACAACUGAGCACACGGACAACACUUCUCCAUCUUCAGCAGCAGAGGACGAACCUCUGCCUACGCAAGCAGCCAAAACAACUCUACAAGCUCCAGAUUCACAGGUGGUAGCAUCAGACGCAUGGAGUGAUGAUGAUGCGAUUGGCCCGAGUCAGGCUGUGACUGUAGCGGAAACUCCAGAGAAGGAGCAACGGUCGGAAGCCGUAUCUGUGGACUCCUUCUCUGAGGAUUCUGAUGCAGCGGAGAGAUGUCGAAAACCGAAGCAGUGGCUCCAGGUCGUUAUCAACGAUGAUCCUGAGCCGGAUCAAGUCAAUGGCUCAGAAAAGAAUGAUGUAACACCAGAAGGCGACAAAGUCGGUGCGACUAAGGAGCCUGAAGUUGUGGAGGUAGCAGCCUGUGGUUCCAGGAGUCAUGUUGGUACCAAUCUGCAGCCCAGCAAACAGGCUCUCGUCACAUGGAGAAGUUGGCUUCAAAAACUGAUGCACAAGAAUUCCCGACCACAUCACCUGCCUCACUUCACGGUCAGCACUAAGGGUCUCCUCCAGCUCCCCAAUGAAACUAGAGACCCCACUGAGGAGCAGCUUGUACAUCAACUAAAGCAGGAUCUGAGAGGAUGCAUGUCCAAACGCUCACUGCUGAGUCACGGCGCUCUGUCCUCGCUCGUUACUCCAGACGUGGUCCAAGUGCCGAACCAAGUGGACACAGAGGUUUGGAGAGAUCAGCUGAGCCAGCGUCUAACCCUCUCCUGGCAGGGAGAGGAAGCAUGGCGGGCCUGGUGGGAGGACCAGCUGGGCUUGAACAGAGAGAAGAAGGUGGAGGCUCUGAAGAGAAAAAGAAGGAGGGAGAAGGAGGCUAAGCGAGCUAGUGGCCAACGCAUGGAGCUGUCGGGCAGCUUCACCUCAUCGUUGAGCCAGUCGGAAUUGGACGAGUUCUCUGACUCGACGGGCUGGUCCUCUGCAGCCAGCCAGGGCAGGCAUUCAGACACGGAGGGGACAGGGCUGCUGUCCCAGCGCGAUGGAACACCAGAAGCCACGACACCCUCCACUGUGCAGAAUGACACGCCGAAUCCCACACCCUCCUCCACACCCCAGACUGUUAAAUCUCAGCCAGGCAGCGAGAGGACGCCCAGCAGCACCCAGACAGGGAAACAUGACUCCUCAGCAGUCAAUCAGAGGACGCGCAGACGUCUGGCAGACGACCGCCUCAGCGCUCUGUUUGCAUCACAGGAUGAGCCUUUGCAGAACUCUUACCUCCCGGAACAGGAGAGCACCAGCUACCUCCCACCUCCACCCGUGGCAUCCCCUUCCUCCAGCUCUCAGCUCCUUAGCCCACAGUCUGCUUCUUUACGGAGCCUCAGGGUGGAUCUGUCCAAAGACUCAUUUGGUUGGUCAGGUUUCUCCCAGUCCCUUUCCCAGAGUUCAAAAGGACGACCAGGGCCGUCACAAGCAUCACAGUCGUCCCAACCCAAGAAGAAAAAGUCCCGAAUGGGAUUUUGAUUAUCUGUCAGGUCAAUGUCUUUCAAAUAUCCUUUGUAUCCCGUGUAAAGGAGAAUGAACCACGCAGGUGUUGGCAUCUUCUGCAGGACUUUACUGGAAAUGUAACUAUUAAAGCUGAAUGUAAUCAGAGAAGACAGUGACCACAGACUGAGGACAGAUCCCUCAGCGUCAGCGGUGAGGAUCCAGACGACUGACUGGUGGAUGGCUCGGUAGGAGUUACCUUUGAAUUGACACUUGUUACACUCGCUUUUGUUUGUUAUUAUGAUGCUGCGUGUGUGAGAGCAUUCGCUGUAGCUGAAGAUCUGACCUUAAAAAUGAGAGAUUGAAAGGGAUAAAAUUAUGAAAUGAUUAGAAUGACUGUUUGCUUUUGACAAACAUUCCAGUGGUUCAAUCUGCUGCUGUGAUUGGCUGCUUUACUCUUGGAGGCAGCAGAUUGAUUUCAGAUCAGCUGCUUGUCCACUUUAAGAUUUUGUAUGUGCUACUAUUGUGGUAGUGUGUCGUCAUUUUGACUCAGUAUUUCACAGAAAGUUUUGUUUCUGUUUUGCUGUUUUACUGGUUUUACAUGAAGUAUUUUUGUAUUGGUAUGUCCCCUCCCAGAUACAUUAUGAACACAACCAAGCUAUUUUUAAUAAAUCCUCAACUUAAAAGAAGACCAAAGUUUCCCUAAGUCUUUUUUAAGUGUAUUUUCUAAAAGGCACUGGGAGACAUUUUUUUAGCAUGGAGAGAGUUUUGGGUAGGUUUCCGCCUAAUUUGAUCACCACCUGCUGUGAUAUCAUGUAUACGUACUGUAGGAAGUGACCAAAGCAGCCUCAGACACUACAGCUGCUCUUUGGCUGCAUGACCUCAGGACAUGCUGGGUAAUGUCUGCACACCUAAUUCAGCAUGUGGUUAGUUCAGGUGCUGGAUUGACACGUUAUUUACUUGUAAAUGUUUUUCAAUCCAUUACCCAGUUUUCAUAAUAAAGGUAAAACCCAGAAAGACUGAACAUAUUAAGAUCAUAGUAAAGAUUUUAUACUUUUUGGACUAAAAUAAACAGUUCUCUCCCACA